ACGUAUAAGAGUGAAUAAAAAAGUACACCCUAUAAAUUUGGGAAGAGAAGUAUUUGGUGAAUUUCACCAUUUGUAUGAUGAGCUGCGCCAAGAUGAAAAGAAAUUUGUGGAAUAUACCAGAAUGACAAUUAGCACAUUUGAUUAUAUUCUAAUCAAAAUUGAGCCACUCAUUAUUAAAAAUUGGACUAAUUUUAAUAAAACGCCAAUUAUAUGUGCUGAAAGGCUAAUUGUGACGUUAAGAUAUCUUGCUACUGGAACUUCAUUCAGAUCAAUCUCUUUUAACUUUCGAAUGGGUGCUUCAACGGUUCGUUCCAUUGUUAUAGAGACAUGUGAAGCUUUGUGGACAGUUUUGCAGCCUAUACAUAUGGCUGUGCCCACAGAACAAAAUUUAAAGAAAGUUGCGGACCAGUAUUGGAAUCUUUGGGAAUUCCCAAAUUGUGUUGGCUCUAUUGAUGGAAAGCACAUACGUCUAAAAUGCCCAGCGAAUUCAGGAUCAAUGUUUUAUAAUUAUAAAAAUUUUUUCUCAAUAGUGCUGCAGGCAGUCGCUGACGCAAAAUGUAAAUUUGUUACUAUCGAAGUUGGUGGUUACGGACGUCAGAGUGAUGGUGGAACUUUUGCUUCCUCAGCGAUUUACACAAUGAAAAAUUCUGGAGACUUAAAUUUUCCGAAGGAUUCCUAUUUGCCCAAUACCACAAUACCCAUGCCAUACGUGUUGCUUGCAGAUGAAGCUUAUCCGCUUUUGGACUGGGUUCUUCGACCAUAUGCCAGAAGAAAUCUAACAUUGGAAAAUGAAUAUUUUAAUAGUCGUUUGUCGAGAGCGCGUAGGUGUGUGGAAUGUGCAUUUGGCAUAAUUAACUUGAAAUGGAGAAUAUUAUGGAAGCCAAUUGAAACGACGCCAUCUAACGCAGAAAUUAUUGUUAAAGCAAUCUGUAUAUUGCAUAAUAAUAUACAAUGCUAGAUUUAGAAGAUCUGGACACGCACAUGGCAGAGGGAGAAAAA